AUGGACGCCUCCUCCCUCCGCAUCUCCAAGUUCGAUGGAACUAACUUCCACGCCUGGAAGUUCAAGAUGCAGAUGGUGCUGGAGGAACGGGACCUAUGGGAGGUCGUCAGCGGUGAGAUCAAGGCGGAACAGUGCGAGACUCAGUUGGACCAAGCGACGUACAAGAGGAAGUCAAGAAAGGCGAUGGCAGUGAUCUGUCUAGCCAUGGAAGAUUCCCAGCUACCGUUGGUCCGGUCGGCAAGUGGUGCAUGCGACGCAUGGUCAAGGUUGGAAGACCACUUCGAGAAGAAGAGUCUUGCCAACAAGCUGUUCUUGCGCCGUCGCUUCUUCACGACAAUGAUGGAAGAAGGCGACGAUGUGCUCGAACACAUCAACAAGCUCAAGACGCUGGCGGAACAGCUAGAAGCGGUGGGGGCUCCAGUCUGCGAGGACGAUCUGGUGAUCACACUCCUCGGCAGCCUGAGUGACUCGUAUCAAUUCUUGAUCACAGCUUUGGAGUCGCGCUCAGACACUCUUAGCUGGGAGCUCGUGACGUCUCGACUGCUUCAUGAAGAAAUGAAGCGGAAGGAGCAAGGAAGUAAAGGUGAUGAAGCUUCGCAAGGUCAAGCGUUCAUCACAAGGGACAAUCAGCGCAAAGGGCGACCAGUGAAGAAGUCCUGGCCGUGCCACAAUUGCGGAAAGAUUGGUCACUGGAUGGCGGAGUGCCCCUCGCGCAUCCAAGAAAACACGGAGAGACACCGGCCACAGCGUGCUCAAGACAGCGGCGACCGCUAUCGAUCACAACGUGCAAACGUCGCUCAAGAAGAAGACUCGGGCGACUACCUCUUUUCGAUCGGUGAAACGACAUCUGCGAAAUCGAGCGACAUCUGGCUGGUCGACUCCGGGGCGACGCAGCACAUGACGUGCUCCAAGAAGUUCAUGCGGAACUACAAGGGGUUUGACGCUGUGGAUGUCCAUCUCGCGGAUGAUGGAAUCGUCCAAGCAAUCGGCAGUGGGGACAUUGUCAUGUCAAUGAAGACACCCCAAGGGAUGAAGAAAGGUGUGCUCACAAACGUGUGGCACAUCCCAAAGUUAUCCAGAAACCUGUUCUCGGUCGGCCGCUUCACCAAGGAUGUCGGCCCAGUGACGUUCACGAAGGAUGGGUGCUAUGGAGAAGCGAAAGGGACCAAGUGGAAAAUUGGUGCCCGUGAAGGUAAAGGACUGUUCAAGCUGCAAAUGACUCCAGUGGCGCCGGAACAAGCAAAUGCAGCCAAGUCGUCGGGAUGUCAAGGGGGCACCAAGUCGUACCUCUGGCACCUUCGGCUUGGCCACAUAGGUCACGAUGGACUCAAUUGCAUCGUGACGAAGAACAUUGGAAUUGGCAUCGACAUAUCUUCGGUGAAGAAGUGGGACGUGUGUGAAGGUUGUGCUCUGGGAAAACAGACUCGAGUGCGCUUCCAAUCAAACACUACAGCUCGCACCUCCAAACUCCUCGAAGUGAUUCACAGCGACGUAUGCGGACCGAUGUCGAUGGCAACUUUCAGUGGAAAACGGUACUUCGUGACAUUCAUUGAUGACAAGUCAAGAUACUGUGUCGUCUAUCUGCUCAAGAGCAAAUCUGAAGUUGCGGCGAAGUUCAUGGAAUACGCUGCGAUGGCCGAAACGCAAACCGGAAAGCGCGUGAAGUACCUUCAAAGCGACAAUGGGGGUGAAUACAAGUCCGACAAGCUGGCACGAUUCUGCGCGGAACGGGAAUACAACAAAGGUUCACACCCCCAUAUACUCCUCAGCUAA